AUGGAUGUGAAAUGGUUUGAUACAGGAAUGUUAUACUAUGUGAUUUUAGUGUAUUGAGUGAAUGUCACUUUUUGUCAUUUUCAAAUUUCCCGCCGUUCCGGCCCCCGUACGUCCCAACGCCGCAGGGAACGGAACCCAGAAGACAGAUGCCGGCAUCGGCCGGAGGACAAUACAGGGGACACUGCAGGGGGGACAUCGCGGAAGUGCAGGACAAGGUAAGAGAAGAACAGAUCCUGAAGCAACGCCGGAUGGUAAGUCCGAGUGUAGCUCGGGUUACCGUUUCUGCUACACUCGGGAAUACCGCCAGGGGGGUUAC